AGGGGUUUUAACAAGGGUCGUUCAGUACACCUAAAGGCACAAGGCUGGCAAGCUGAACAAGAAAGAAGCAGAAUAAGUUUCGGAUUCGCUGCAAACCGAGCAAUCAUGAAGGUCCUGAUAGUGUUAUUACUAUGUGUGUGCACUGCCCUGGCAGCGCCUCAAACCGACUCUCUAAUAGAUGAGUUGGACAAGCUGAUUCACCACGAAGAAACUGAGAAUGACCCAAUGGAGGAGCUGUUGAGCGGGGUGGAGCCUAUGAACGAGGAAGACAAAGCUUGGCUAGCGAAAUUCGACGCUGCCACCAAAAGCAGUGCAAAGCGUGGAGCAAACUUCGGAAGAUGCAUCGAUGGAAGGACCUUGGCCGAUGGACCCAACGGAAUAGGAUGCGCUAAGAAACUAUGUUACGACGCACGAGUCUCUGCCUGCAAGGGAAUAAGCAAGAGGAUAUGCUACUCAGCUUACAGACGCUUCAGAGAGGAAUGCCCCUUCUCCUGCUCUUUUUGCAAAUCUCGCAGCCCCGAGCAAGGGUGUGAGGCCGCCUACGGGUCACGUGCUCGUUACGGAUGUUGUGCGGAUGGAUUCCCAGCUCUCAGGCCAGGAAAAACCGACUGCAGAUGCGAGGACGCAAACGCGCACGUAUGCAAACAGUUCAUACCCAAAGAAGGAGGUUGCAGAACUGGUUCGUACCGCCUCAGAACGUUCUUCCAGUCACGCUGCCUCAAGUCUUGUGGCUUUUGUUAAUAAGCCUGCCAGCUCAUUUAAACCAAUCCGGACACCCUUAGAACCGGACACAAUACCCGGACAUCCCUCACAUAAAUACCAUGUGUCAAAAACGCUUGACGUAUGCUUGAAAUAACGUCACCAUAUCAUAAAACGAAGAGUAUUAUAUUUAGGUGGAUGCCGUGAUCGAACGAAUAAUGUAACUCAAUAUUCAGCAUGUAACGCCACUCAUCAUAUAUAUAUGGCCUGCAUGGGUGAUAUUAUUUUUCGCUUGACUUAAAAUAAAACAAGCUAGGCUGCC